AUGUUCGUCGUCAGCCCGCCGCCUGUGUUCAUCCCAAACACAAACCUCGAGGAGGUCUGGGAUAUCUUUGUCGAUUUCCCAAAUUAUCAUCUCUGGAGCAAGAGCAUGCCCGAGGUUCAGAUCAUCAACCGCGAGCGAAGGAUCGGAAACGGCACCAAGCUCAAGCUGACCGUCCAGUUUGGCUCCAAGAGGCGAGUAAGCUUCGAUCGGAUCACGGUGUUCUCCCCGCCAACGAGCACUCGGACAGCAGCCGUUGCAUGGGAUUUUGAUGAUGAACAAAUGCGGCUUGGCUCCGGAUACAAGACACACUUCCUGCGGACCUUCAAAGAAGAGGUUGCCCCGGAUGGCACUCUCGGUGUCCUCAUGACCUCGUAUUGCCGGUUUGACGGCUUCAUCGGCGAUCUGGCUGGCGUCUUUGUCAAGGGCGACAUCAAGACGCUCAUCAGCAACGUUGCUCUCGAACUCACGGAAUACGUAUGCUCCCGGCGAGACUACGGCGUCGUGCACAUCCCACGGACGUAUACGCCGCAAUCGGGGCGCUCGGACAGCCUCGACCUUCGUCACUGGUCAUACACUUCAAAUUCCAGCCAGAAUUCGCACUCCCGAGCCUCGUACUGA